UGUUGCUGGUUUGAAGUAAUAUAGAGACUUUCGAGGAUGAACCUAGCUGGCCAUUCUUUACGAGAGUGUAAUACCGUGUGGCAUGCGCGUUUCGCAAACUCUCUUUAAGAUACAAUGGCCGGGCACCGCUGGAGGAUGGCGGUCUUUGAUUGGGCCUCUCAGCCUAUGGACAGGUGUUAGUAUCGAAAAACCGGGCCUUCUUUGCUAUUCCUGUUGGAUCCCCCGAAAGAGGGAACGUGAAAUAUGCAGUAAAAUUCUGGUUUUAGUUGCAUCUGCCGAUUAUUCUGGUGCUACAAAUGCGCAACGGCAGAACGGCAGAAGGGCGAAAACACAAUCGAGCACCAGAGGAAGGUACCUUCAAUUGGCAGCUCCAAGAAACAUUACUGCUGAUCUGAGAUCAGAUUUUAAGAGAGCAAGCCUAUGGCUGGGGGAGAGGUCCUCAAACCACCCAAGAUUGAGGAAAAGCAGCCGGAGCGCAAGAUAUCGGUGCCAAGGAUCACGGUAGAGGAGAUGCGGAAGCAUUCGCCGCUGAUGUUGUCACCGCGGGGACAAGGGGACGGCUCGGGCAAGCCAUUGAGCAGUCGGAUGAACUGCCUCUGCUCCCCCACGACCCACGCUGGCUCGUUCCGGUGCCGGUUCCACCGCAACACCGGCAUCCCCCGAGGCCACUCCAUCGGCUCAAACCUAAAUUACUUGGCCGCAAAGUCGGGCAGCAUCAGCGACUCCCUCCAGGCUCAGUAGCCUCCAGAGAUCGGCAGGACGGGGCAAGUCACAUCGAUGAACCCACGAUUUUUUCUGGGUUCUAGUAGGAUACCUGCAUGGCAGUGCAUCCCCAACUCAUGGUGUGUACUUGGCAAAAUUGCGAAAGGCGAAUUUCCUUCAACUUGCUACUGCAUGAACUAAGCUAUUGUCAAUUCCAUUAACGGGGCCACUAUCAUCGGUCUCUUGGCAAUAACUUCUACCUCUACAAUAAUGUAAAUAUCUGUUCUUGCUACAA